AUGGGGCCACUGCCUUCUCCUUACCACCUGCAGGAGGUAGAGAUCCCCCUCUUGGAUGACGAGGUCUGCAGAAGGCAGUAUGGAAAUGUCAAUAAGGUCAUCAAGAAGGAUAUGUUGUGUGCUGGAAGCCCAGGCCGGGACUCCUGCCAGGGAGACUCUGGGGGCCCUCUGGUUUGUCAUUGGAGGGGCACCUGGUUCCAGGUAGGGGUGGUGAGUUGGGGUUUAGGAUGUGGUAGUCCAGAAUUUCCUGGAGUCUAUGCUCGAGUGACCUACUACUACAAAUGGAUCCACCACUAUAUGCUGUGGCUGCUGUUGCUGACCUUCCUCUGCCUAGAGGGCUCUGUGGCUGUGACUCCAGCUUCCAGCCUGGAGCAUGAGCUAAUGGGCAUUGUUGGGGGACAUGAUGCAUCAGCCUGGAAGUGGAGGUGGCAGGUCCAAGUGGGGCACCUACAGCUCUCCAACAGUGCCCGGCUGCAGGUGAUUAAGGUCAUCAGCCACCCUUCCUACAAUCCCGAGAACGGUGUGACUGGCGGAGGAGACGUGGCACUUCUCAAACUGGCAGAGCCCGUGAGGCUCUCUUACCAAGUUAAGCUGGUCACCCUGCCUUCACCAGAUCUUCUGCUGUCUUCAGACUUGAAGUGUGUGGUGACUGGUUGGGGUAACAUCGAAUUUGGGGUGCCACUUCCCUCACACAAAACCCUGCAAGAAGUGGAGGUCCCUUUGGUGGAGUUUGAGAAGUGCAGGAACAUAUAUCGGUAUAUCAAGUACGACAUCAAGGAGGACAUGAUAUGUGCUGGAAGCGCUGGCAAGGGCUCCUGCCACGGUGAUUCUGGGGGGCCCUUGGUGUGUAACUGGAAGGGCACGUGGGUCCAGGUAGGGGUGGUGAGCUGGAGUGUGUACUGUGGCUGUCCAGGAAUCCCUGGAGUCUACACCCUGGUGUCACACUACAUGCCCUGGAUCAGCCAGAUAAUCUCCUGGUCUCCUUGA